UCUGGCCUGGUGGGUGCCCAUGAGGGUCGGGGCCCACCGGGUUUUUUCCCGGUGUCCCGCCGGGCCAGUCCGACACCGCUUACAUGCUUUAAGCAAAUCCAGGUUGGGAACAAGUUUUUCCCGGAGAGCUCAGCUCACAGGACAAGCACUGCCUUCCCCAUAUACUAUUUUAUUACUUUGUUUACCUUCAAACCUUAAGCUCUUUAUUGGCAGCUGCCUGGCUGGCCUGCAUGGGUUACACUGUGUGGGGGGUGCCUGCAGGGUGGUACUCAUCAGCCCAAGAUGGACAUCUGCCUCUCUGAAUAGAGUAGGAAAGGGCAGCUAUUCACAUGCUAAUGAGGAUCUGUAUAUAUAGCUAGAGCGGGAAAAGAAGACUCAGAGAAAGAAAGGGCUCCAAAGAGAGUAAAAGCAAUAUAUGAGUGUAGCCAUACUGGGGGGAGAGAGGGGACAUCAUACAGCUGCAAGUGACAGCAAGAGUGACCAUGUCUGGGCCGGGCAGGAGCCACCUCAAACCCUGCAGUGCCAACGAGGAAAGGAAGCUCAGAAAGCCUCUCAUUGAACGCAAGAGAAGAGAGAGAAUCAACACUUGCCUGGAGCAGCUGAAGGAGACGGUGAUCAAGGCAUUCCAUCUAGAUCAAUCCAAGUUAGAGAAAGCCGACAUCCUUGAAAUGACAGUCAGACACCUUCAGAACAUCCAGACAAGCAGGAGCGCAGGUGAAGCUUCCCGGGGGGUGGAUGCUCAGCAGAGGUUCAGCACGGGAUAUAUUCAGUGUAUGCAUGAGUUACACAGCCUGCUGCUCACAUGCGACUGGAUGGAUCCAGCCUUGGGGGCCCGUCUGCUCAACCAUCUCCUUAAAUCUCUCCCCCGGCCGGAGGGCAGAAAGGCAGAGCUCGUACAAGAUUAUGAGGUUGACACUUCUUUGCCUGUUGAAUAUGAAGCAGAGAAAACCUCUGUCCCCCUCCACAGUGAUGUAGUGCCAGGGCCAACACAAUGCCCUCUCCUGAGAUCCUUACACAUGUGGAGACCAUGGUGACACCUUAGGGAGUUGUGCACAGCAGCAGAGACCCUGUGUCCUUUCUGUGUUGUUAUUCUUUAUACCAGCAUCUCCUCAUUCUCUCUGCCCCCCUUUCCAAUCCUUAACGUACCCUAAAGCAGAGAGUUGUUCCAUGUGAUUAGACUGGGUAUAAGAGCAGAGAGGGAACCUGCUGUCAGUCCUAGAUUGUCUAUAAAUAUAUGUAUCUUAUAGAUAUGAUAUGCUUUGUAUAACACGUUGGGGCACUCACCCCAUUAGGUGUACUAAAGACCAGGCGCUUCAGUGCCGACUUUGUAGCCUGCAUUGUAGAAGGCCUACCCACUAUUUAUUGCAGAUAUUUACUAAUAUAACUAUUCUAUUUUCUACUGUCGGAUUAUUUACAUCUUUUUUAAUAAAAAAUUCUGUAUAAUA